AUGGCAGUUUCAAUUCGACCACGGAGCCUUUGCAAGCUUCCUGUCUUCGCGCGGGCUUCUUCUGUGCGGGGUAUGGGAACCUAUGCCAAUUUCAAGAUCCCAACUAUCAACAACGAGCCUAAUCAACACUACAUUCCCGGCACACCUGAUCGCAAAGGACUUGAGGCUGCCCUUGCUCAAGUGAAAGCGUCCACGUCGCGGAACAUCCCUCUGAUAAUCGGAGGGAAAGAAAUAACCACCUCAAAUGUCCAAUCCCAACUAGAUCCAUCGACACAUAAGCCUAUUGCCCACUACUCAAACGCUUCCAAAGCGGACGUCGAAACCGCCAUUGCGGCUGCUCUCUCCGCGCGCAAAGACUGGGCCGCUACACCAUGGGCAGACAGAGCGAGCAUUUUCUUGAAGGCCGCAGAUUUGAUUUCAACGAAAUACCGGUACGAAGUCAUGUCAUUGACAAUGGUGGGCCAGGGCAAAAAUGCCUGGCAGGCGGAGAUUGACUCUGCCGCGGAGCUCUGCGACUUUUUCAGAUUUGGCGUAAAAUAUGCGGAAGAAUUAUACUCACAACAGCCCUCCCAUCACGCGGCGGGUGUGUGGAACCGCCUCGAGUAUCGUCCUCUUGAAGGUUUCGUAUAUGCUAUUAGCCCUUUCAACUUUACGGCAAUUGGAGGCAAUCUUGCCGGUGCACCGGCACUGAUGGGAAAUGUUGUCCUUUGGAAGCCUUCACCAUCUGCUAUCGCGUCCAAUCACCUGGUCCACCAAAUUCUGCUCGAGGCUGGCUUGCCUAAGAACGUUAUCCAGUUUGUGCCAGGAGAUGCUGAAGAAGUGACUAGCACUGUCCUUAACCAUCCUGAAUUUGCUGCGCUGCACUUCACUGGAAGCACUGCUGUGUUCCGGUCACUAUACGGCAAUAUUGCUUCGGGUGUGGCCCAAGGUAAAUACAAGAGCUAUCCGCGCAUCGUGGGCGAGACUGGUGGCAAGAACUUCCACCUUAUUCACAAGAGUGCCGACGUGAGAAAUGCGGCCGUCCAGACAGUUCGAGGCGCCUUUGAAUUCCAAGGGCAAAAAUGCAGCGCCACGUCGCGCGCUUAUAUCGCUUCAUCAAUCGCGGAGGACUUUAACAGACAACUUGUUGAAGAAGUCAAGAAAUUGAAGGUCGGGGACCCGCUUGACUUCUCAAACUUUUGUGGCCCCGUCAUUCAUGAGGCAUCAUUCAACAAGCUUACCAGCGUUAUUGAUGAGGCUAAGAAAGAUCCUGAACUUGAGUUGCUAGUGGGUGGGACAUACGACUCCUCCAAAGGCUGGUUUAUCCAACCAACGGUAUACUUGACGAAGAACCCGAACCACCCUCUGCUCUCGCGCGAACUCUUUGGACCUGUUAUUGUUCUCCAUGUCUACGAUGACGCCUCACCCUCGUCCUUUGCAGACAUCUGCUCUACCAUAGAGAGCACUAGCGAGUACGGACUCACUGGAUCUGUCUUUGCACAGGACCGCUCUGCUAUUCAGUUUGCUGAAGAUGCUCUGCGGAACGCAGCUGGCAAUUUCUACAUCAACUGCAAGAGUACCGGUGCGGUCGUUGGACAACAACCAUUUGGUGGAGCUCGUGCAAGCGGUACAAAUGACAAAGCUGGAAGCGCGAACUUGUUGUCUCGCUUUGUUAGCUUGCGGUCGAUCAAGGAGGAGUUUAUGCCUACCUACCAGGUGGAGUACCCAAGCAACCGGAGUUAG